GCUAGCGCACUCGCCUGCAGGCUGCAGCGACCGGGCAGGCAAGGCACUGCGCCGCGGCAGGCAGCGCGCCCCACCCCGAAGCCGCGGCCAACGGUGGAGGUCACGGGCAAGCAACGGUCUCGAACCAACACCAGGCCACCACCAAAUAGCGCCACUGUGCCAGAGGGAGAGCUCGGAGCACGCUGACGCUGCACGCCCCUCCUGCGUAGUGCGCUGCGCGGCCGGCAUUGCUCCGUCUGAGGUGUGGCGUCGAGUGGCACGCGCAGGCGGAGCAAUGGGAGGAGGAGGCUCGCGGCCGGGGGAGGCGCAGCGCGCGCUCCUCCUCGCGGUGGUGGCGCUCUGCUCCCUCCUCGCGCGUCCGCAGCCGUCGUGCGCCUUCUUCUUCGGCGGCGGCCGCCAGGAGAAGGUGCCCAUGACCGUGGUCGUCCCGGACUACUCGCCGCGCCCGGCGCCGCUCCCGCUGGGCCCCUCGCCCUCGGCGGCGCCGGCGCCGGUGCCCGGCUCGGACGGCGGCGGCGGAGACGAGGACGGCACGCCGAGGCUGCCGUCCGAGCGGCGGAGCCCGGGCGCGCCCUCGUCGGGCGACCACCACGGCGCGGCCGCGGGGGCGCCGGCCGGGACGGCCAGCGCAGACUUCAUCAGCAGCAGCCCCGCGGUGCCGCUUCCCGCCGGCGUCACCGACUCCGCCACCGUCCUGCCAAUGCCCACCCCUGGGCAACAGCAACAACUUCGGGACGACGUGGGGAUGGGCGCCCUGCAACUCCAGGUCGGGGCGGUGCAGCUCGCCACUACUCUUCUCAUGAUGCUAUCUUUCCGGGCUCUGUGGUGCUGGUAGUUUUGCUUCUGUAAUCACUAGUGCUUUCCCUUUCUCUCUGUAGCCUGUUCUAAUUAAGAUUCCUAGAUGGUCAUCUACUCAUCUGUAAACAAAGUCACCAUGCUUGCUAAUUUAUGAGUUCAUGCCUUAUACAUCCGUCAA